CCAGCGGGAGUGAGCGUAGGCGCCAUGGGGCUGAGCUACGGGCUUUUCAUCUGUUUUCUGCUUUGGGCAGGCACGGGGCUGUGCUAUCCCCCAACCACCACCGAGGAUAAGACCCACCCCUCGUUGCCAUCAAGCCCCUCUGUGGUGGUAGAGUGUCGGCAUGCCUGGCUGGUGGUCAACGUCAGCAAAAACCUUUUUGGUACCGGGAGGCUUGUGAGGCCUGCAGACCUCACCCUGGGUCCGGAGAACUGUGAGCCCCUGAUCUCUGGGGACUCAGAUGAUACGGUCAGGUUUGAAGUCGAGCUGCACAAGUGUGGCAACAGCGUGCAGGUGACCGAAGAUGCCCUGGUGUAUAGCACCUUCCUGCUCCACAACCCCCGCCCCGUGGGAAACCUGUCCAUCCUGAGGACCAACCGCGCGGAAGUUCCCAUUGAGUGCCGUUACCCCAGGCAUAGCAACGUGAGCAGCGAGGCCAUCCUGCCCACCUGGGUGCCCUUCAGGACCACAAUGCUCUCAGAGGAGAAGCUGGCUUUCUCUCUGCGCCUGAUGGAGGAGGACUGGGGCUCCGAGAAGCAGUCCCCCACUUUCCAGUUGGGAGACCUAGCCCACCUCCAGGCCGAAGUCCACACCGGCCGCCACAUACCACUGCGACUGUUUGUGGACUACUGUGUGGCCACGCUGACACCAGACCAGAACGCCUCCCCUCAUCACACCAUCGUGGACUUCCACGGCUGUCUCGUGGAUGGUCUCUCUGAUGCCUCUUCUGCCUUCAAAGCCCCCAGACCCAGGCCGGAGACUCUCCAGUUCACAGUAGACACGUUCCACUUUGCUAAUGACCCCAGAAACAUGAUCUAUAUCACCUGCCAUCUGAAAGUCACUCCAGCUAGCCGAGUCCCGGACCAGCUAAACAAAGCCUGUUCCUUCAUCAAGUCUUCUAACAGGUGGUUCCCAGUAGAAGGCCCUGCUGACAUCUGUAACUGUUGUAACAAAGGUAGCUGUGGCCUUCAGGGCCGUUCCUGGAGGCUGUCCCACCUAGACAGACCGCGGCACAAGAUGGCUUCCCGAAAUCGCAGGCAUGUGACCGAAGAAGCGGAUAUCACCGUGCCUCUGAUCUUCCUGGGAAAGGCUGCCGAUCGUGGUGUGGAGGGGUCGACCUCGCCUCACACCUCUGUGAUGGUGGGCAUAGGCCUGGCCACGGUGUUGUCCCUGACUCUGGCUACCAUUGUCCUGGGUCUCGCCAGGAGGCAUCACACUGCUUCCCGUCCUAUGAUCUGCCCUGUGUCUGCUUCCCAAUAAAAGAAAAAAAAUGAG